ACAAAUUUCAGUUCCCUCUGUUGGCAACACUGUGGGUCAAAGUCUACGUGUUUCGAGUUCACCUGUUUAUCAAACCGGUCAACAAAUACAUCUCCUAAGUUUUAUAUGUGGUUUUAAGUAUACUCCUUAUUAUUGAGUUAUGGCUUCUUAUAUUGCAAGAAAUGUUGUCAAAAGCCCUGCGGCCCUGGGGUUAGUCCAACAACAAUUCAGUGGACUUAGGGCAUUCUCUGUGGGCACACAGCUAAAUAAUAAAAAGACUCUAAAAGAUAAAACGGGAAAAAAUAUCGUCUUAGUGGAUGGUGUCAGAACACCAUUUUUACUCUCUGGAACUGAUUAUUCUAAGUUGAUGCCACAUGACCUAGCAAAAGAAGCUUUAUCCGGUAUUUUAAAGAAGACUGGUGUUCCUAAAGAGAUUAUCGACUAUGUCAUUUAUGGAACUGUUAUUCAAGAAGUUAGAACUUCAAAUAUUGCAAGAGAAGCGGCACUUGCAGCUGGUUAUAGUGACAAAACUCCAGCUCACACUGUUACAAUGGCUUGCAUUUCAUCAAAUCAGGCCAUGACAACAGCAAUUGGUCUGAUUGCAAGUGGAGUCUAUGAAGUUAUUGUAGCAGGAGGGGUAGAAUUUAUGUCUGAUAUACCAAUUAGACACAACAGAAAAAUGAGAAGUUUAAUGCUGAAAGCAAAUAAAGCUAAGACUUUGCAGCAAAGACUGGGUUUGUUGGCUUCAAUUCGUCCCAAUUUCUUUAUCCCAGAGUUACCCGGAGUAUCUGAAUUUUCAUCUGGAGAAACCAUGGGACAUUCUGCUGAUCGUUUAGCAGCUGCCUUUGGUGCUUCAAGGAAAGAACAGGAUGACUAUGCACUUAGAUCACAUUCUUUGGCCCAACAGGCUUUCCAGAAGGGUCAUUUUACUGAUCUAUACCCAGUUAAACUUCCUGGUUCAGAUAAGGUUAUUGAUAAAGACAAUGGCAUACGUGUGUCUAGUCCAGACCAAUUAGGAAAACUAAAACCAGCAUUCAUUAAACCCCAUGGAACAGUUACAGCUGCCAAUGCGUCAUUCUUGACUGAUGGAGCUUCAGCUGCGCUUAUUACUACAGAAGAAAAAGCAAAAGCUCUAGGACUGAAGCCUAAAGCCUACUUGCGUGAUUUUAUUUAUGUAUCACAGGAUCCCAUAGAUCAGUUGUUACUAGGACCAGCCUAUGCUACACCAACAUUAUUGGAUAAAGCUGGUCUUCAACUUAAAGAUAUUGAUGUUUGGGAAUUCCAUGAAGCUUUUGCAGGACAAAUUUUAGCAAACUUCAAAGCCUUAGAUAGCGACUGGUUUGCACAAAAGUACAUGAACAAGAAAGGCAAAGUUGGAAGUCCAGACAUCAGUAAAUUCAAUGCCUGGGGAGGAUCGCUUUCCAUUGGUCAUCCAUUUGCUGCGACUGGUAUAAGAUUGGCAAUGCACACAGCAAACAGACUUGUUAAAGAAAACGGACAAUUGGGAUUAAUUGCAGCUUGUGCUGCUGGUGGUCAGGGUGUUGGUAUGAUCCUUGAGCGACACCCUGACGCAACAGCCAACUAAAUAUUUUAAAAGUUACAUUUGCUGAGUCAAGGAAGUGCUCUUAUAUUUACCCCACUUAUUUUUUAUAUAGUUCUGGGUUCAGUAAAAAUGUAUAUAUUUCUCCAGCGCCGAGUAUAAAAUAUUUCUUUUUCAUAUAAUGUAAAUCUCUUAAGACGUUUAAUAUAUUUAUACCUAUCCUUAA